CAGCCAAAAUCAAAGCGUAGAAAUGGGAAGGUCUCCUUGCUGUGAUGAGAAUGGUCUGAAGAAAGGGCCUUGGACUCCUGAAGAAGAUCAGAAGCUGGUCAGCUACGUUCAGAAACAUGGCCAUGGAAGCUGGAGAGCUCUCCCUAAGCUUGCAGGUCUUAACAGAUGUGGAAAGAGCUGUAGGUUGAGAUGGACGAAUUAUUUAAGGCCUGAUAUUAAAAGAGGAAAAUUUUCUCAAGAAGAAGAACAGACAAUUCUGCAUCUCCAUUCCAUCCUGGGAAACAAAUGGUCCGCAAUUGCAUCGCACCUCCCUGGCCGGACGGACAACGAAAUUAAGAAUUUCUGGAAUACCCAUCUAAAGAAGAAGCUCAUUCAGAUGGGGUUUGAUCCCAUGACACACCAACCGAGGACCGACGAUCUCUUCAGCAGCUUGACCCAUCUAUUAGCUCUGGCUAACCUCAGAAACCUCAUGGAGCACCACUCACUGGAUGAUCAUUCACUGAAAAUACAGGCAGAUGCAAUUCAGUUGGCUAAGCUUCAGUAUUUAGAGUAUCUUCUCCAAUCUACAGUUUCGGCAUCUACUAAUUCAUAUAGCCCAAAUGGCAUUGCAAACAUGGAGGCUUUCAGCUUCUCGAGUUCAUCAAUUCCUCCUAUGAAAGAAAACCCAGUUUUAAGUUCAUUACAACUGGAGAACCUAGCCUCAUUUUCUCUUGACAGUGAUACUUCCCAACCACUCCACCACCCAAGCCCCUUAGCUCAUUUGACGGCCCCACAAGUCCCUUUUCAAACACCUUUGAACAGUGAAAUGGGCCAAACUUCAAACCCCAAUUCUCCUUGGGUUCUUCCAUCUCCUAGUACCACUCUUCCUCCACUUGUAACCAAUCUUUCAAUGAACCAUCCAGGAGAGGGCAGUAGCAUUUCUAGCUAUGGAGGAGGACCCUCUCCCUACUGGUCUGAACUUUUUGAAGACCAUUUAAUGCAUGACGACCUUUCUUAGCUUUACGAUUAUGUGAGAGUUCCCACCAUAAAUUGGUCAUUUGUUCAUUGCAACUUUUGCAGAGCUGCAUGCAUGGAUACAGAUAUCCUUACAUAUUAAUUACGUGCUUCCAUGUCAACCACACAAUAGAGGCUUUAAUUUAUAAAGUAAUUAGUCUCCGGAUAAUUGUCUUUGAACCAGUUUGGAUUCGAGUUGUUUAAAUGUUUCUUCUAAUAUUCAGAUAUGAUGCUGUUUACUUGGAAAUGAGCAUGAUCUUAUGGGUCACAAUUUGUCUGUUAUCUAUGGAGGAAAGGACUUUCAGUGCCUUCUAAUGGAAAUGUAUAUGUGGAGGCCAUGAUAUUGAUGAAUGAAAUGUGAC